AUGGGAAAUACAGCGUGCUGCAGCUUUGACAGUGACGCGACUGCUGACCUUGAGAUAGGUCGAGAGGGGGAAAUGCGCAGUCGGAAGCCGGUUCAGGUAUCCAAGGAAGCCUUUGACAACUGGCUGAAUCGGUAUGAGGCCGGAGACACGAUGGAAGUACUUUUUCCUGAUGGACACCGUAUCGAGUGUAACUUGAAAAUUGACCGGCCGAAAAACUACAUGAAUCUCACGUUCAAUCAGAAAGUGAGACCAAUCCAGCUAGACGACAUUGCUGCUGUCCUCUAUGGCUCGGAUCCUCGCAGUUCCGAAUGCGCAGAUAGUAAAAUGCUUCGAAAUCCCCGUGUCGUGGGUUUUCGCCUCGCAAGCUCUGGACGAGCUAUCGCGUUCUCUUUUAAAGACGUCACCGAUGCGCAGUGCUUUGUAUCUUUCUUGGACGACGAAAUCAAGAAGAACCAGGAGUCACACAAGUCUUCAGCAAGUAACGCCAAAAACUAA